UUGCUGUUUGAACUUUGAUGACCUGCCGCUCCUGCUGUUCCGAAAGACCAAACGCUACUCCGUGACCGGAAAUUGGAAAAGCUGAUCUUUUAGGAGAAGAUCUCACUUCGCAUCAUGCGCACUUUCGCAGCCCAGCUCACUUCUUAUUUAUGUAAAACUAAACCUAGAUGGAAUGUGCAAUCUCGCAAUUUCUCGUCAUUCAAUGGAAAAGGUCGCUUCCUUCUCUUUGUCCAAUCGACCAUUUCUCUGCUUAUGUUGCAGAUGAGCUCUUCAUUGAGCAGGAUGCUGAAAGAAAGAUAGGGUGGUUAUUGAAGCUAAUCUUUGCCGGGACUGCAUCUGCUGUUGCUUACCAGUUCUUUCCCUACCUGGGAGAUAAUUUGAUGCAACAGUCUGUGUCACUUUUGCAUGUCAAGGAUCCACUGUUUAAGAGAAUGGGAGCAUCUAGAUUAGCUCGGUUUGCAAUAGAUGAUGAAAGGAGAAUGAAAAUAGUAGAGCUAGGUGGGGCUCAAGAACUCUUAAAUAUGUUGGGGGCCGCUAAAGAUGACCGCACACGGAAGGAAGCUUUGAAGGCCCUUGCUGUACUCUCACACUCAGAUGAAGCUGUUAAAGCUUUGCACCAUGCUGGAGCAGUCUCAAUUAUUAGGUGUACCCCUGAUUCCUUGGAGGAUGCAGAAGUUGAGAAAUACAAGUCGAGCAUGCUAAAGAGAUUCCAAGAUCUGAGAUAUGAUGUUUCAUCUUAAGAUGUGGUUAGAAUACCAGCCUUUGACUGAAAGCUUCAAACUCAAAUCGCAAGUUAAAAAAAAGGAUGUUUACAUGUGCAGGGAUCACUCUUUUCUUUUUCGUUUUUUCUUUUGGUAGAGAUGGGAAGAAUGGUUUUUUUCUCUGGAAUAUUCGUUCCUUCUAUAGGUUUAAAGAGAGAUAAACCUAUUUGUACUAUUAAUUUUACUUUAAAAUAUGCAAAUAUUCCAGAAGGAAACACUUUUGGAGAAACCA